AUGGCUCCUCGAGACCGCAGGACGACCCGAUCAAAAGAUUUCCUCCUGAGCUCCGGAACGGCGGCCGUGGCGGUGAAGUCACCCGGCGCCGUCCCGGACACGCCGCCGGUCCCGUUCGCGUACGGGGGGCUGCUGUACCAGCAGAGCGGCGGGCGGCGGAGGUGGCGCGAGUGCACCGUCGUGCUGGGCGCCGUGGCCAUGGUGGCGCUCUUCGUCACCCACGCGCUCCUCCCAAGGGCCAGCGUGUUGUCCGAGGAGACGCGCGGGGAGGCACGAGCGGAGCAGAACAUCAUGGUCACCGCCGGCGCCGAUGCCGACGGGUUCCCGUGGAGCAACGAGAUGCUGCAGUGGCAGCGCACCGGGUUCCAUUUCCAGCCCGAGAAGAACUACAUGAACGAUCCAAACGCUCCGAUGUACUACCGUGGACGGUACCACUUCUUCUACCAGUACAACCCCACGGGCGUCGUCUGGGGCAACAUCACGUGGGGCCACGCCGUGUCGCGGGACCUGAUCCAUUGGCGCCACCUCCCGCUCGCCAUGGUGCCCGACCAGUGGUACGACAUUCACGGCGUCUUGACGGGCUCCGCCACGAUCCUCCCCAACGGCACCGUCGUCGUGCUCUACACGGGCAAAACCGACACCUCCGCUCAGGUCCAGUGCCUCGCCCUUCCCGCCGACCCGGAUGACCCCCUCCUUGUCAACUGGACCAAGCAUCCCGCCAACCCCGUCAUCCUCCCGCCCCCCGGCAUCGGCCUCCAGGACUUCCGCGACCCCACCACCGCCUGGUUUGACGAGUCGGACCUGACAUGGCGCACCCUCAUCGGCUCCAAGGACGACAACGGCCACGCCGGCAUCGCCUUGAUGUACAAGACCAAGGACUUCAUCAGGUACGAGCUCAUCCCGGGGGUGCUCCACCGCGUCGAGGGCACCGGCAUGUGGGAGUGCGUCGACUUCUACCCGGUCGGCGGCAGCAACAACUCCUCGGCUGAGGCACUGUAUGUCCUGAAGGCGAGCAUGGACGAUGAACGGCAUGACUACUACGCGCUCGGGAGGUAUGAUGCGGCGACCAACACGUGGACGCCGCUCGACCCAGAGCUGGACGUGGGGAUCGGGCUGAGGUACGACUGGGGAAAGUUUUUCGCUGCCACGUCUUUCUACGACCCGGUGAAACGGCGGCGCGUGAUGUGGGCUUAUGUCGGCGAGACCGACUCCUUGAGCGCCAACGUUGCCAAGGGAUGGGCUUCCGUCCAGACGAUUCCGAGGACGGUAGUGUUGGAUGAGAAGACCCGGACGAACCUCCUCCAAUGGCCGGUGGAGGAGAUCGAGACCCUCCGCUUCAACAGCACCGACUUUGGCGUCAUCACUAUCCACACUGGAUCCAUUAUACCUCUCCGCCUCCGCCAAGCCACACAGCUUGACAUCGAGGCCUCCUUUCGCCUAGACACUUCCGCUAUUGCCAUCAUCAACGAGGCUAACGUCAACUACAACUGCAGCACCAGUGGCGGAGCCUCAACCAUGGGCCCACUUGGUCCCUUCGGCUUCCUCAUCCACGCCGCUGGCAACGGUGGCAGCGAACAACUCGCGGUUUACUUCUAUGUGUCGAGGGGCCUCGACGGGGCGCUCCGAACCCACUUCUGCCAUGACGAGUUAUUGUCGUCCCGAGCGAAUGAUGUAAUGAAGCGGGUGGUGGGCAGCACAGUGCCAGUGCUCGACGGUGAGGCUCUAUCUGUGAGGGUGCUCGUGGACCACUCGAUCGUGGAGAGCUUCGCGAUGGGCGGGAGGUUGACGGCGACGUCGCGUGUGUACCCGAUGGAAGCCAUCCACACAGCGGCAGGGGUGUACCUUUUCAACAACGCCACCGGCUCCUCCAUCACCGUCAAGAAGCUUGUAGUUCAUGAGAUGGCCUCGGCGUUGUACAACCAGACUUUCGUGGCCGACGACGACUAG